AUGCUUUUCGAAAUCAACUUUGACGAAACGAUGCAUUCGAUGGCUAGCUCAUCAGCGAAAGCGCUUGAGGCGACGGGUUUCAAAGCCUUCAAGCUGCCCCGAAUUUCGCUACAAGUUGCUGAGCCUUUGUUAUCAAUUCCUGACUACACGCCAAUCCGACGAGUCCCAUCAGCACCUCAACUCCAAAAACUCGCCCCCACCUCCGAAAAGCUACACAACACUACCCUAAACGUCUCCCAAGAACCCCGACGAUUCCGCAGUUUCUCCGACAUCCCAGCCGCCACCACCAUCUCCCGAACGAUCCAAAAGAAUGUAUGGUCCCUAUCUGCGUUCUCACUUGUCAAAAACCUG